AUGUCCCGGGUCAGGCCUCGCUCAGAGCCUGUGAUUGGACAGAUCAUGUCCCGGGUCAGGCCUCGCUCAGAGCCUCUGAUUGGACAGACCAUGUCCCGGGUCAGGCCUCGCUCAGAGCCUGUGAUUGGACAGACCAUGUCCCGGGUCAGGCCUCGCUCAGAGCCUGUGAUUGGACAGACCAUGUCCCGGGUCAGGCCUCGCUCAGAGCCUGUGAAUGGCCAGACCAUGUCCCGGGUCAGGCCUCGCUCAGAGCCUGUGAUUGGACAGACCAUGUCCCGGGUCAGGCCUCGCUCAGAGCCUCUGAUUGGACAGACCAUGUCCCGGGUCAGGCCUCGCUCAGAGCCUCUGAUUGGACAGAUGUGA